AUGCCAGUCUGCGCACUCCACCUCGUGCAGCUGCACGACGCUUCCUCCAGGGGCGUUGAUGGCUUCCUCAACAAGCUGUUCGGUGCUACCAGCAAGCCUGACGAGCUGAGUGUGGUCACGGUGAGCCUCGUUCGGUCUCCCAUCAUUCGUCCUACGCUGGUUGACCACAAGGUGCUUAAUGAUACACCUUGGACGCUGCUUCUGGUACUCGGAGGCAGCUCGGCCCACACGCUUCCCUCGGUGUUGGCCUCGAGCGUCAAAACGCACUACUCUCUUGUUUCAGGAAUCCCUUCCAAGAUCGUCAACAACUACGACAGUAUCUCUGACAAGCUUCGCAAUGUACAACCGCCACCACCUCUGCUCGAAAUCAAACUUGACGACAAAGGCGAUGUUAUCGUCCCCGAGAACAAGAAGUCAAGCGCAUCGACACGAGACGAUGGACAAGACCUCAGCCUGUCGCCUGCACUUCUCAACCUCGCCAAACAUUUGAACCACUCUGCCCACCAUCAUGGUCCCGUUUCCAUGCUCAACCUGCUCCACUUCCACACCCACGAGGGAGCUGUAGAGUCGUAUCACGAAUACGGACGUCGUUUCGCCACCGUCGCUGGUAAGAGAGGUGGCAACGCCAAACUCGUCGGCAUCGUCAUUGAUCCGCUCAAGGAGCCGCUGAAGGACUCCCGUAAGGAUAGGAAGAAGGAUCAAUGGUGGAACGAGUGCACGCUGGUUCACUAUCCGAGCAUCAACCACUUUAUCGACAUGUCGGUCGAUGACGAGUACCAGUUCAUCAACAAGGAGUACAGGUUGAAGGGGAUUAAGGAUACCGCGCUCAUCUGCACGACUGAGAUCGAUUCCACUAAGUUCAGGAGGAGUUCGCAGGGGGCAAAAUUGUAG